AUGAUAAAAUAUAUAUUCUUGACAGAUUUUGACGCAACAUUAAUUGAAAAAAAUUCUCAUGAAUAUCUUGAUGAAUUAUGUUCAGAUAAAAUAUUUAUAAAUAAAAUUCAAUUAAAAUAUGAAAAAGAUCAUUUAUGGUUUAAACGAAUGGAUGAAUUUUAUAAAAAAAUUCAUCAAUUAAAUAUAACACCUGAACAAAUUUUAAAACAAUAUGAAAAUAUAUCAUUUGUUCAAGGUGCUAUAGAUUUUAUUAAAAAAAUUCAUUGUUUAGGAUGGUUUUUAACAAUUAUAUCAGAUGGAUAUGAUGAAGUUAUAUAUAAUGUUUUACAAAGAAAUAAUUUAAUAUAUUGUUUUAAUCAAAUCGUAUGUAAUCCAAAUAUUUGGAUGAAAAAUAAAAGAUUAAAAAUUAAAAAUUAUGCAAAAGAUAAAAUUAAAAUAAAACAAUUUCAUUGUCAAUAUGGAUGCCCACCAAAUCUGUGUAAAGGUACUUUGUUUUUUUUUUGUUUAUAA